AUGGAAGAGAGGGCCAUCCAACGGUGGUGGUGGUGCUGCUGCUGCGGUGGUAUUGGUGGUGGCAGCGAUGGUGAUAGUGGAGGUGGUGGUGGCGUUGAUGGUGGUGGUGGUGGCGGCGAUGGUGAUAGUGGCGGUGGUAGUGGUAGAGGCGGCGAUGGCGAUGACGGUGGUGUUGGUGGUGGUUGUUCUAGUGGUAGUGUUGGGGAUGGUGAUGGUAGGGGUGGCGGUGGUAGUGGUGGUGAUGGUGGCAGCGAUGGUGAUUGGUGA